AUGUCACAGCCACUCGGGUCGCAACUAUCGGUAUCACAUCCUCUUGGGUUGCAUCCAGCUAUGUCGCAGUCACAGGGAUCACAACCAUCUUCAUCAUCGACUCCAUCUAUUGCAGGCCUUCGCCUGCGAGGCAUUAGCUCUGACCCGCCUACACCGUCUUCACAUGCCUCUGAUACACAUGCUUCGGAUGGUGAUGACGAGGUAGUGCAUUAUGAUCGAUAUGGCAGGAUCAUCAUAGUCCCUGAGGGUGAUGGGUUCAGGCCGGGUAAUAAGACUACGAGGAUAAUCACCAAUGCCAUCAGAAAGCUUUAUGAUGGCCCUUAUGCGACUUGGACUAAUUCUUCUACUGAGCUUCUAGAGAUAGUAUUCUGUUUCUUUGCCUUCCAAGAAAUAAGAGAUUCUCCUAGUUUGAUGCAGUAUCCUGUUACUGAUUUUCUUGACAUUGGACAGGAUGCCCAAUCUAAGUCACAGAAGGCUUUUAUUUGCUGGCUGCUUCUGCUAGACAUUAUGAUGCCAAUACCUGGUUAUUUCUUUAUAUAUCUCACCACAUGUAGUGUAGCUUCAUAG